UAUUGUUGAGGCUGCUUCUCUUGAUUCUUCUAAUGGGGAAGGGAGACUCUCUGUGCCGACUGCAAGGCUCAGCACAACCACCUGAACUGGCUCAAGAUGGCGACCUUGUUAUUGGAGGCAUUUUUUCAUUUCGCACAGGACAGAAUUAUGUAAUUAACACAUUUCAGGCAAUUCCAGAAGCACGGAAAUGCAUCAACUUCAAUUUUAGAGAAUUCAAAUUUGCUCAUACAAUGAUAUUUGCUAUAAAUGAGAUCAACAGAAAUCCUUCCAUGCUCCCUAAUGUUAAACUUGGCUACAAGAUCUAUGAUAACUGUGGAACUAUGGACAUACUGAGAGCUGCACUGGCACUGGUGAGUGGACUGAAGGGAGAAGUAAAUGAUGACAACUGCACUAAAACUGAGACAGUCCAAGCUAUCUUGGGACAUUCAGGAUCGAGACCCACUAUUGCAUUUGCACAAGUUGUUGGAAGGUUUCAUAUACCUGUGAUCAGCCACUUUGCCACCUGUGCCUGUCUGAGCAACAGGAAAGAGUACCCCACUUUUUUCAGAACUAUUCCCAGUGACUACUACCAGAGCAGAGCACUGGCAAAGCUGGUCAAGCACUUUGGCUGGACCUGGAUUGGGGCUCUAGCUGUGAAUAACAAAUAUGGCCUCAAUGGCAUAGCGACAUUUAUCCAAGCUGCACAAGAAUAUGGAGUGUGUGUUGAGUAUUCUGAAGCAUUUUCAUCAUCAGAUCCACCUGAUAGCCUGCAGAGAAUAAUAGAGAUCAUUAAGCAUGCCACUUCCAAAGUGAUAAUGGCUUUUAUGUCUCACAGAGAAAUUAAGUUGCUGGCAAAAGAAUUGUACAAACAGAACAUAACAGGACUGCAGUGGGUUGGCAGUGAUGCCUGGAUCACAGAUCACUCUCUGACUGACAGUGAGGGACACAGCAUCCUCGUGGGCUCGUUAGGCUUCACUGUCAACAAAGCUCAGAUCCCGGGGCUGGAGGAGCACCUGAGGCAGCUCCACCCCUCACAGUUUCCUGACAGUCAGUUUGUCAGAGAUUUCUGGGAAGACGUGUUUGACUGCACUCUGAAUGACACUGAAAACACACAAAGAAAGCUGUGCAGUGGUUUUGAGAGCUUGCAGAAUGUUGAAUCACAGUUCACUGAUGUGUCUGAGUUGAGAUUCACCAAUAAUGUGUACAAGUCAGUUUAUGCAGUGGCUCAUGCUAUUGACAACCUGAUGAAAUGUGAGGAGGGUAAAGGGCCCUUUUCAAAUGACAGCUGUGCUGAUACCAAACACAUUCAACCAUGGCAGGUCUUGCAAUAUCUUAACACUGUGAAUUUCACCACCAAAGAAGGGGAACGAGUUUAUUUUGACAGUAAUGGAGACUCGCCGGCAAGAUAUGAACUUGUUAAUUUACAAAUGACAAACAAAGGAACCAUGGAAGGAGUUACAGUUGGCAUUUAUGACGCGUCUCUUCCAGAGAGUCAUCAGUUUAUUAAAAAUAAUAUCCCUAUUGUCUGGGGAAAUGGACUAACCAAGGAGGUUCCUGUGUCAGUUUGCAGUGAGAGCUGUCUCCCAGGAACACGAAAGGUCCUCCAGAAAGGAAAGCCAGUGUGCUGUUAUAAUUGCAUACCCUGUGCAGCAGGCGAAAUCAGUAAUUUAACAGAUUCAAUACACUGUAUGAAAUGCCCACCAGAGUACUGGUCCAACAAACAACGAGGUGCCUGCAUCCCCAAAGCUAUAGAAUUUUUGGCAUAUGAUGAAAUCCUGGGAACACUGUUAGCCUUAUUUUCUCUGCUUGGAGUUUUCCUAACUAUGAUCACAACAUUAGUCUUCUACGGACACAGAGAAACCCCUCUAGUACGAGCCAACAACUCUGAGCUGAGCUUCCUGCUGCUCUUCUCCUUGACUCUGUGUUUCCUGUGUUCUCUAACCUUCAUCGGCCGGCCCUCUGAGUGGUCCUGCAUGCUGCGACACACAGCAUUUGGCAUCACCUUUGUUCUCUGUAUCUCAUGUGUUCUGGGGAAAACUAUAGUGGUGUUGAUGGCCUUCAGGGCAACACUUCCUGGUAGUAAUGUGAUGAAAUGGUUUGGUCCUGCACAGCAGAGGCUCAGUGUUCUGGGUUUCACUCUAAUACAGGUUCUAAUUUGCAUACUUUGGUUGACAAUCAACCCUCCCUUUCCUUUCAAAAAUGUGUUGCUCUAUAAGGACAGAAUCCUACUGGAGUGUAAUCUUGGCUCAGCUGUAGGAUUCUGGGCUGUGUUAGGGUAUAUAGGACUUCUUGCUUUACUGUGUUUUGUAAUUGCUUUUUUGGCAAGAAUGCUGCCUGAUAAUUUCAAUGAAGCUAAAUUUAUCACCUUCAGCAUGUUGAUUUUCUGUGCAGUAUGGAUCACCUUUAUUCCAGCAUAUGUCAGCUCUCCUGGGAAAUUCACUGUAGCUGUGGAGAUAUUUGCCAUUGUGGCCUCCAGUUAUGGACUUCUUUUUUGCAUUUUUCUGCCAAAGUGUUUCAUAAUUUUGUUCAGGCCUGAGCAGAACACUAAGAAACACAUAAUGGGAAAGACAUCUAACAGUGACAUACGUUAGUAACCAUUGCCCAAAUCACAUGGAAUGUAAUUUUCCUCUUUUAAAACCAAAAUCAGUGCUUCUUAUUUUUGUAAAAUUGUAUGUCUUAAUGCAGUUAAAUACAUUUUA